AUGACUAGCCAAGUUUCGGUUAGGUAUACAUCUUCUAUAAUUGCUGUCAAGUCAUCCAUCGGUCAACACUUUAGAUCCUUGCUAUCUCGAGUUACUAGAAAGUCUCGAAAGAUCUUUCCCUCCACUAUACCAUCAGAGAUAGAUCAGGCCUCAGUAGACCUAGCCGCUCAAAUAAAAAUUGAAGAUUUUGAGCGUUAUUUUGAAAACUCCAAAGAAAAACCCAAGGAGCCCACUGACGAGCAGCCAGUCUUCCGGCUGCAAGGAAGGAAGCUGCGGAACAGACUAUCCGCUUUGAACUCUGAUGCCGCAUUUGGAACGAGCAUUCUAAUUAACAAUGAAGACGGAGAUCACUUGAGCGUCAAAAUGUCAUGUUUCCAAUGCACGAAUGCGUGGCUUGCAGAGAGUCGUGGCACCAUUCCCAAAUGGUACAAGUUCCCUGCCAGCACAGAUAUUGUCGGUCUUGCUUGA